UGUGCCAAUGCCUGACCACUCUUUCAGAGAAUAAGUUUUUCCUAAUAUCCAAGCUGAACCUCCUGUGGCUGAAUACUCAUGACAAUACAAUGUCAGCUUAAAAACUGGCUACUCACUGGUAACCCUGUGUUGAUCAUAUUGCGUUUUGGCUUGUUCAUCUCAUUGCAUUCCCACCUGAAUCUGGGUUUCUUUAUGAUAACUGAUGAAAAUUUCUCAGUUUUUGAGCAUUCAAGAAUUCUUUGGGAACACAUUUGUCCCCUAUCCACUCGCAGAGACAACUGUACUGCAAGAAGCGCUUUUCAUCAUUAUCAGGGACAGAGCAGGAGCAAGCUGUAUCUGAGAUUUCCUUUUGCUGAUGGUUAGCAGCUACAGAAUGACAUUCAGUGGGAAGCCAGAGCCACAUGAGAACGACAUAGCGUAGAAGCAUAGAAUACCCUCAGAUGGAAGAGACCCACAAGAAUCAUCAAGUGCCACCCUGGCUCCGCACACUACCACCAAAAUUUAAACCCUGUGUCUGAGAGCAAUGUCCCAAUGCACCUUAGUCACACUGCUACGGCAGUGGGAGCACUGAUUGUCUGUAUCCAUUGUGCUGAGUGCCCACGCUUCCAGCAAGGCUACCAUGUGUGAUAACAUCCUUGACAUGGCAGGGUGAGGAGCAGCUCUGAGAGCACCUUUCCUCAGUUGACUGCAGUGAGACGUGGGUGCUUCUAUUCACAGGUUAGGGUUUGUUCAGCUGCAAGAAACUGUGGGCGUUACAUGUGUGAAGUCAAAACCUCUGUUUAUAAAUCUUUCCCCCCUCCCUUAAGUUGCUGGGGAGAGGGAGCUACUUUCAUUUAGUAAACUGCUGGUGUAGCUGGAAGACAACAGGCCAAGUUGAGGCACAAGGCACUUUCUUUGGGUCUUUAACUCAUCAGUCAAGUUAAAUUGAGAAGAUCAGCUAAAAAGACCUUUGAAGAUGCAGAAGACGUCCCCUCUCCCAUUCGUGCAUCUCUUUCUUCUGCUUCUCCCAUUCUUCCCUGGCCAAAAUGGUGAAGAAAAUAAAUAUAUUGAGUGGUCAACAGACAUUAUCAGUGUUUGGGAAGGAGACUCCGCUCAUAUAACUUGUUCAAAGAACAGUUCAGAAGUUGAAGUGGGAACAUACUUGAGGACUAGAACGCCGCCAGCCAAUAUUGUAUAUGUUUCCAGCACGAAUACAUCAUAUAUUCAUCCGGAUUUUGCUAAUCGCACCAAGUAUUUAAACGAAGAAACAAAUCUCAAAAUCACUGUGCACAGUGUAAAGAAAUCUGAUUCAAAUAUCUACCUAUGCACGAACUAUAUUAAAAAAAAUGGCUAUCAUGUCAGGCGUGAAGGGAAAACAAUUAUUAUGGUCGUGAAAGCUAAAACCAAUGGGGUCAUUGAACAGUCACCACUAUCUGUCAGUACUCGACAAGGGGAGUCUAUCAACAUUACCUGUGUGCUGAAAAACUCGCAAGAAGAUGAAGCGUUCAUCUUGCUCAGGAAUCACAUGCAACAUGAAAAAGUGUUGUAUGUUUCAAGUCAGAACACUUCUACUAUUUUUCCCACUUUUGCUAAUCGCUUGGAGUAUUCAAAGCAAGAAAAGAAACUAGUGAUAACUCUCCACAACCUACAGAAAAAUGACACCGACAUAUAUGUAUGUGCUGCAACACUGAAAAAUUCCUCUGUCUCAGUGAGCGAAAGUGGCACCAUGGUGCUGGUUAAAGGUGAGGAGCAGACAGAAUGCAGUAUAAGUUCCUUGGCCAUCUAUGUUCCUACCAUCGCGGCAGUGCUGCUGUUAUUUGCACUGAUAUGCUACAUCUUGCAACAUGUCGAUAUGAAGAAGUAUUUCCAGAAAAAGAAAAUAAAUGUAGUGUAUGAAGAUAUGUCUUUCAGUUCUAGAAGCAACACCUUAGUCAGAACUAACAUGUAUGCAACUGACAAUUAAGCUGUUGUGAGCUGGGACCACGCGUGGAUCGACUGUUACUUUUCAGGUGUCUCUGAGAGCUGCCUUGGCAACUUGAUGUGGUAGUUGAACCAGAAAUGCUAUUAACUACCUUCUUGAGCGGAAGGAAAAAGCUGUCUUAUUUCCGAAGCUGUUUUUACUUAUUUUGACCACUUGUGAUAUACCUUUUACUUUUUUAUGUAUAGAAAAGAUGGAGAAAUGCAUGUAACCUCCAUAAGUAUUUGCAGCAUGGUGUCGAAAGCAGUAUUUUUGGAGUGUACAUUUGGCUAUAGGCAAUAUAUGAGAUUGUUUCUUGGACUGAUAGAUAACCCUUACGGGGAAAUUGGGAUGGUUUGAGAUGUCUGGUUCUGAGCUUUAGUAAUUGCUCAGGAAGGCCAUAACAGGCUUGAUUAAAUAAUAUGUAAUAGAUCCAUGUACAAAUGGAGUACAUCUUCCUUGCAGAUGUACUUCCUUCCAUGUGGAUCUGCUCAAGAGCUGUGAUAGCUAACACUUCUCACAAGUUAAAGCAAAUUCUGAAGAGAAUUCGCAGACUUGGGAACAGAGUGCAUUAGCAGUGAAGGGCUAGAAAUGUAUGGGUUUAGCUAUUCCAAGUUUAGAAUGGUCCAAUAAAAAUGCAAUCAAAUGUAGCUAUUGAAUUAGUGACCAUGUCGGAGACAUGGCAUGGGUGGGGUCAGUAUCAAUAUUGUUGACAUGCAAAAUGAUUAGACUUGGCACAUCAUGGCAUUGUAGUAAAGCAGAAAUACGUGACAAGAUGGUGUUGCCUCAAACUCGAGGUGUCUUAAAAACCACACAGCAGAUUGUAUUUCUCCAGGCAAGUGACUUUAGAUGGUACAAUACAGGGUUAACUAAUCUGGGAUAAAACUAAUGCCUGCAUUCCAGCCUGGGCAUGGCUAAGCCUGAUCCAAAAUUUCUGUUAAGGGAGAGUUUAGCAAAAACUCUCAUCAGCUGUACCUUUUAGUUGGUAAUGAUUUCAGGUGAGCACAAGUCUCCACAGCUGAGGAAAGGCAACAGCUGCCCCCAGGAGUGUUGGGUUUUGCAGAACUGGGUCAACAGUGGAAAGACAACACUUUACAAUUUUGCACGCCCAGAAGAAUAUCAGUUUGCCUAGUUAAGAGGCAGGAUUGACAGGAGUGGCUUAUGGCAUCUGAGGACACGCUAGAACUGGAGUCUUUCUUCAUUGAUGUGUCUGUUUAUUUUUUGAGGGACUAAGGUUUGUUUGCCAUCCAUGUGUGUGCUUAGCUGGAGUUGAGCCAGGCACACGAGAUCUUCCAUGACAAGUCUGCUGCUUGGGAGAAGUCAUUUCCUUUCAAACAUCACUCGUAAAAUGCUGUGCACCAGAUCCGAGGGGGAAUCUGUUCACCCAAAUGGCUGGUGGGUCUGGAUUUCCCUUGUCGCAGAGCAGUGUCUGUUGACUGCAGAUCCUGCAAUUGUCAUGUGGCUUCACAUGGAUAAACUGAUACCUGUGAUCUGGGCUCUGGGGUUUUACGCAGUUACUUGCUACUUUUGUACGUGUAUUAAAGACUGUUUCAUGUAUCUUGCAAAUGAAUGCUAGAUAUUUAAUGGACGGUUUUGUGUAGAUUAUAUUUUAAAAUGGAGUGAAAAAAGGCUUUUUUUUUUUUUUUUUUUUUGCAAAUUACACCUAGCAGCACUUCAAAUAAAGCAUUACAAUCAUUUUCCUCUUUACUUACAAAGUCUUUUUUUAUUAUUUGUUUUAAAAAUCACUAAAUCGCUCAUCACUGAACUAAACACAGAAGAACACUCUGAACGUUGUGUACUCGCGCAGUCCUUUAGUGGCAGGUAAGACAAGGCUCCUAAAAUGCCUGAAGAGUCAAAUGGUGUUGGGGAGGAAGUGGCACAUCCCUUGGACAGCCCGUUGUCAUGAUGGCCAUGGGGCUUGCUAGAUGGCUAGAACAGGAGAUGGCACCCUGCCACUGUGGGCUCUGUUUAAUGUUUGUCUUGUGCCUUUGCCUGCCUUGUUGCAGGAUUGCUGAAGGAAAUUUCAGAGGAAAACAGGCAAGGUUUGGGAAUAAAUUUGCUAUUCGUGUUCCCACAGUAAGCACCUGAGAUGGGUGGCCAUUUUGUGAGCUGAUGACAGCUGUGGAUGAAGGGUGCACAGUGGCUGCCAGCACUGCGCUCGAGGUGGGCACGGCUGUGGGGUCGUGUGGCCAGGCAAGCGCAGCCCCAGUGGGGUCCCGUAUCUCCUUGUGGGUUCUAGUGCCCCUCAGUACAAUAUUGUCCCCAGCCCUGCAGCAGGCCUCGUUUCCAUGGCAACAGCACAGGGCCUUGUCCCAGGGACAACUGGAGCCAGGAUAGAAAGCCCUGACUCAGGGCUGGAGCAAAGCAAACUCUGAAGGACGAGGGAGGCCUUACAGCCACUUCUUCUGAAAAGAGAGGAGCACCUUGGCGCACCCCAGAGCUGCUUGAAGAGAACCGUCAUGGCUGUCAGAGAGGAAUGGGUUCCUCCACUUUUGCCUGUCUCUGACAAGCUCAGCUCACAUAUGGGCGUACAUGUUCUACAAAUUAGAUACUGUAUGGGAAUUGCUAAGACACGGCCUGAACCAAUGAUUGAGCACCUGGUGAAGGGACACAGCCAGUCCUGGGAGCACAGGUGAAAGCAAUUCAUCUGCAUGACUGGAAGGAGUGGAACCAGGUUCCAGCCCUCCCUAACCUCAUUUAAAAGCUGGCUGCCACAAGGGAUGGGUUUCUACCUGAAGGUUCCCUCUUUCUGGAGUGUUUGGUGAGCCCUGAUCCUUGGGACAGUUGUGCCCAGGACCAGUAGUGUCUCAUCCUCUGACAACAGCAUCAUGAUGAGCUGAAUCUCUGAAGCUAGGGACUGCUGGAUGCCUCUCUGGAUAUGUAAUCCCUGCACUUGGAACCCGCAUGAGCCUAUGCAAAGCAAAUUACUGCAGACUAAAUAUAUGUUCAGGAUGUGUUGGAAGUUGGCAGUUUAGCUGCCUGGGGUAGCCAGGGGAGGAGGAGGGAAAUGGUCAGCUUUCUCUUUCUGUUGCACUGGAUGAUGCACGGAGUCCUUUAAAAGACUUUAACAUGGUUUUGGAAAGGAAGAGCUGGAGGAGAUUCAGCUGUAAAAAGCUGGAUGGAGGCUGAAGGGUGCAACGUGCCUGGGAAUUGUGAGACGGGAUCAGCAGCCAGCUUUGAUCAGAGAAGAUGAAUUUGAGAGCAGAUUCUUUCAUAGCAACUCAGAAUGGGGAUUUGGCACCUCCUGAUGAAUUGGGAGAGACGGACUUCUGCUGUGACCCGUUCCACGAUCACAGUUCACUUGUGAUCCUUUGUAUGAGUUAUGCUGCGUGUUGGCAGCAGUUCGUGUCCUCAGAAGAACACAACCAAAAUAAAGAUCAGUUGCCUUGCCUUUUUUUACUGUAACUAAUUGCUAAUGUUGUUACAGUGGAAAGAAUACUUUAAAACUGAGUUGGACCUUUGUAUUUUAAUUGACUUACUUUUGUGUUUCACCUGGCUUGCUCAGAAAUUAGAAUUGACUUUGCUUACUUUUUCUGUUCAGAAUCACUUUCUGGCCCUUUGCCCAGACCAGAAAAGCCCCAGGCUCUCCAAUACUGAAUGCAGACUAGAAGUGGGGCCAAACUAUUCUCUAAAAUGUUCUGCUUUGGAUAAGGAGAUGGCUGUAAUUGAUUGAACUUUUCUUUUACUCUUCCAUAAGCUCAAAAAUCUAACC